UUGAAUGCGCGGCGACAAAAUAACCCUUAGCAAUCGCUGAGAGUAAAUGGAGAGAAGUCGAACUUUAGUCGCGCAAGUCCGCAUAGACUGUAGCGUUUUUUAAAUGUAUCCUUAACCUCUCACUAGUUGGAUUGCAAGUCAUUUAAAAGUUUUAAAACUGUUACCUCAAAGGAUGUCUUUUUAUUUCCAGAAUGGAUUUGAUUCGCGUCCCUUGCAUUGUUCUGCGGCGGACAGUAACGUGGAGUAAAAGCCUUAGAAGAAUCCGACGCACUUUGUUUUUUUAUUUAUUUCUUUCUUUAGACGCACUUUCAGCAAACUAUUUUAACUCUCUAUUUUAACCCCAAAAUGGAUAUUACAGUGUCUGAACUCAUGUCUAACUUCAUGGAUUCGCCGCUUGUGGUUUGGGUCAAGACUUUUGGACCCCUUGGGUCCGUUUCAGAAGACAAGCUCUCCAUGUUCAUGGAUUUAGUGGAUGGUGUCUUCCUUCAUAAGAUAAUGACACACAUAGACCCAAGCCCCAUGAAUCAGCGAGUCAACAAACAAAUCAACAAUGAUGUCAACCUGAGAAUACAGAACCUCAACACUGUCAUCCGACACAUCAAAAACUACUACCAG